AUGGGUUCGUCUUCAAACGCAGCUACCCCACAAAUGCAGGAAAUUAUGCUGGAGUUUCGUGCUGGUAAAAUGGUUUUUGAGGGGAAAAAGGUUGCUCCUGAUACCCGUAAAGGACUUGUUCGCAUUGCGAAGGGUGAUGAGGGGUUGGUGCAUUUUCAGUGGCUUGAUCGGAGCCAAAAUGUUGUUGAAGAUGAUCAGAUCAUCUUUCCCGAUGAGGCAGUUUUUGAAAAGGUUAAUCAAGCAUCAGGAAGGGUUUACUUAUUGAAGUUCAACACUGAUGAUAGGAAGUUCUUCUUCUGGAUGCAGGAGCCUAAAGCUGAAAAUGACUCACACUUGUGUAGCUCAGUCAAUUACUACCUCAAUCGACCAUUAGAGUUCCUUGAUGAAGAAGGGCCUGAUGCUUCUGUUCCUCUACAAGUUUCUGAAGAUAUGGUUGAAGAUGAUAUUUCAUCAAGAGCUGGAAUAUUGGUGGAACCAAACUUCGGUGCAGAAGUAAGUAGCGAUGUGACUUCUUCAUCUGGCCCAGUGAAAUUGGAAGAUCUUCAAAGAAUCUUAAGCAAUAUUGACCCAGCAGAUACUGCUUUGGAUCCAGAUGAAGGCUUGAGUUUGGGGGACAUAUUGAAACCUGAUUUGAUUAUGCCAUUGAUUGAGACAUUGCAACUAGAGCAGCGUUUAGAGUCUUACUUACCUGAGGGUCAAUGGUCUCCAGAGGAUAUAUUGGAGUUGCUGCAGAGUCCACCAUUCCGCCAACAAAUGGAUUCAUUUGCUUAUGUACUUCGAACAGGACAGAUAGAUUUGUCUCAGUUUGGUGUUGACCCAAGUAAAUACAAAUUCACUGUAUUGUCUUUUCUUGAGGCACUUGAGGAUUCGGUUUCGAAGGCUUCAGAGUCUGAUGAGUCAAGGCAAGACAACAAGGAUUUAAGAUCUGAAUCUUGUAAUCGUAACGAUCCCAUGGAUGAGUCCAAGUAG